CGGAAUGGAGACUACCAACUGCUUCAUUAGGAGUAGAGAUUAUUUGUUUACUAAUUAAUGUGAUUGAGCGAUUUAAGAUAAGGUUAAUUAAUUUAGAUUUGAUCUUUAGAGAUUGAUCGUGAUUGAUUUUCUCACAUAAAAACAUUAGUAAAUAAUUUACGCCAGCAUGGAAAGCUCUGAUCCGUUCAGAUUUUUUUCGUUGUGUGAGAGGUUGACACGAAAAUAAACCAGUGGGGGUGGGAGGGGACGAAAAAACUAGCGAAAAAAACGGUUCAAAGUGGUGGGACGAAAAUAAACCGUGGAGUCUAUUCACCAACUCUGACAUUAGAAGUAGAGAUAACUAGUGCUUCCCAAAACCACAACCUCUCCAUUCGAUGUCACAUAACCAAUGCACGGGGUACAAACUCCCUCACUCGAGGGGCAACGAACAUAGCUUAGAUGGUUAGUUUUGUUUUUGUUUUUGUUUUUUAUAGACCCAGCCUAUUAGGGUUUAAGUCUAAGACUUGUCACUGGUGCUCGCUUUUUUUAAGAUUUAUUUUACACUUUUCAGUGAUGUUCGUUCACUAGGGGAAGAUGUUCUCAUCGACUAUGAGGCGUCUGUAAUGACUUCAUCAAUUUUAAGAGGUUGUGCUGCUCAAUAUCUCGAACAUGCCGUCGAUUAUAAGAUGACUGUAAUCACUUCGUCAAUUUCAAGAUAUUGUAUUGGCUCAGUACAUUAAAGGUGCUUUUAUAUAUAGGGUUAGCUUAAAAACAAAAACAAAAAACUUAGUGUGCGUGCUACGGACUUACGCGAAUUGCCAACAGCGAACAGCCACCUACUCGCACUCGGUAACGAAGCACAACAAAAUGCUGGGAUCAGGCGUGAAAACGUGACCGCGUCUCUCCCGGUACUCCCACAGCAACGUAAAAAGCGGUCGAACCGAGCAGGAGAAGCCACCUCGCAGUCGCACCAAUCCAACGCACUGCACCCGAGUCUCCCGUCUGAGAACCCAACCCCACUCCAUGUCUGCGCCAAUGCCAGGGCCGGAGGUGUUCGACGUUGUCAUCUUCGGAGCAUCGGGCUUUACCGGCAAGUACGUCAUCCGCGAGGCCCUCAAGUUCCUGCCCCCCAACGCCUCCCCGCUCCGCACCCUCGCGCUUGCCGGCCGCAGCCGGGAACGCGUCGCCGCCGCGCUCAGCUGGGCCGCCUCGCCGGGGCCCGUGCCCGACGUCCCCAUCCUCGUCGCCGAUACCUCCGACCCAGCCUCUCUCGCCGUGGUCACCGCGCGGGCGCGCGUCCUGCUCUCCUGCGCGGGGCCCUUCCGCCUCCACGGCCGCCAGGUGGCCGCGGCCUGCGCGGAAGCAGGGGCCCACUGCCUCGACAUCUCCGGCGAGCCCGAGUUCAUGGAACGCGUCGAGGCCGACCUCCACGAGGUCGCCGCCAAGAACGGGUCGCUGAUUGUCUCCGCGUGCGGUUUUGCCUCCACCGUCGCGGACCUGGGGUUCUUGUUCCACUCCAGGCAGUGGACGCCGCCGUCAGCGCCGGUGAGCGUGGUCGCGUAUGUCAACCUGGAGUCGUCGGACAGAAAGAUCGUCGGGAACUUCGCCACGUUUGAGUCGGCCGUUCUCGGGGUGGCCAACACCAGCCAGCUGCAAGCGCUGCGCCGAUCCCGGCCGAGGCCCGCGAAGCCCAGUAUUCCGGGUCCUCCGCCUCCCAAAGGAUCCUUGAUGAUUGAGCAUGACAAGGCACUAGGACUGUGGGCCAUGAAGUUACCUUCUGCUGACACAGUGGUUGUGAAGAGAACACUAGCAAAAGUGGCAGAGCAUCCCGAGGGCCUUCCUUGUGCGGAUGAAACCUUAGAUUUUGAGAAGCAUAGGAAGGAGUUCUGGUCCUCUAUCAAACCUGCGCAUUUCGGUGUGAAGAUCGGCAGUCGUUCCAUCCUGGGCCUUGUGUGGUGCCUGUCGACUGCAAUUUUCGUCGGCAUUCUUGCGGGUUUCUCCUUCGGCAGGUCUCUCUUGCUAAAAUUCCCUGAGUUCUUCUCCCUCGGGUUUUUCAGAAAGACCGGACCAACAGAAGCGGAGGUCAGCAACGCCUCAUUCAAAACAUGGUUCGUCGGCCGUGGCUACAUCGAUUCGGAGCACGCAUCAGAGUGUGGAAGCAAGCCAGACAAGGAGAUCGUCACCAGAGUUUCGGGGCCAGAGAUCGGGUACAUCACGACAUCGAUCGUCCUCGUCCAGUGCGCCCUCAUCCUGCUGAGCCAGCGAGCCAAUCUGCCGAAAGGCGGGGUGUACACGCCCGGCAUCGUCUUCGGCCCCACGGAUCUCCAGAAGCGCCUCGAGGAAAACGGCAUGUCAUUCGACCUCAUCUCCACGAGGACCAUCCCUUCAGAUGAAUAUGCUCAUGCUUCCUAAACUACAUUUCACCUAAAUGUCUAGCAGGCUAGCAAUGAUCAUGGCUUUCCGAAUAAACAUGCAGUUGUCAUGUAUGAAGUAAACAGUAUCACUAGCAGACAUGAAAAGCAAGAAUAAGAUGUGCUCAUGUAAUGUGAAUCGUAUGUCUCCGUGAAAUAUGUAAUAAGCAUGUAAUCCGUGACUUUGCUUAGUUCUGUAAAAGUGAAGAAAUGUUGUCUACGUAAGUUCCAGUUUUCAUAUGAUUAUUACAUGGAACA